AAGUCCCGUUGUGGGGAGGGCGCAUGUGCCAACGGAGUGCCGUAAACUCCCUCCGAUCCUCUAAUCUCGAUCCAAUGGAAAUCUACUCUCCUACUCACUCCAUGUUAAUCAACCAUACAUACGACUGCAUCGACUGCAUCGACUGCAUACCUACCUAAUGCUACCCUACCUCAAGCGAUUCUGGUACCUACGGAAAGAUGUCCAAGAAUCAAGAUUUCGACCUCCUGAAACCUGUGACCACCUCCCCACAACGGCCUCGUCACCAAGUAAGACGGUCGAUAACUGAACUGUCAUCGCCAGUCAAGUUGCCCCGGCAUCACCAUUUACAUCAUCUUCACCAGCGAAAGGAUCGCGACAACGACGACCAUACUCCCCAAUCCGCAAACCCCAUGCUUCCUCACCCCCCACGAGGCUCAUUUGAGCUGCCCCGAUCCGAAGGCACAAUGCCAUAUGCGAAUUCCGAAACAAAUCUCAGAAUCGGCAUGCUGAACCCUUCGUCUGACGAUGCUACACGUAGUACCAAACCUACAGUCCUCGUGCCGACCUCGAUAACUGAAGAGGAACUAGCGCACGAGCAGAGAGAAAAAGUCGCAUCAAGUUUAGCGGGAUUAAGAAAGUCGCUAGUAGAAUUAGGCAAUUUUUCGACUACCACGACGAUGCGUUUAGAUGAUACAUAUUACUCUGUUCUUGAGAGGUUGGGCAUGCUUCAGAGUACGAUAGUUUCCCUUAAGGAACUCACGAGUAUGUCGCAGGAGCUAGACGAAAGCUUCAAAGCAGAGUCGCAAGGACUAGUAGACGAGUUGGAGCAACAGGCUGACUCGUUCGGUCACUUUGACGAUCAGCAGAGACGCAUCGAAGAACUACAGGGUCGCAUACACGCAGGCCGUGACAUGGUCGAGACCCUCAGCAAGCGAGUAGAUGUAGUACGGGAGCGGAUCGAAGGCUGGGAAAGGGCGGACAUGGAAUGGCAAGAAAAGACAAGAAAACGUCUCAAGACCAUAUGGAUCAUCACGUCCGUGGUGAUUUUCUCACUAAUCCUCAUACUGGUUGUAGCCCAGUACGCGCCUUCGUCUGAAAACAUCUCGGGGGUUCUGGAUCUGACGCCAAGUAACGGACAAGGACAGCCAGAUUUGAGUAACGUAGUUGGCAACCAAACUAUGAACGCUGCCUCUAUGGUGGACGAGGUGAGAGAAGCACUCAGCAGCAGAAAAGCCAAUGAGUCUACCGGGAAUGGUGUGUUCCGAGUCCUCGACGAGCUAUAACUCGACGCCUUGGCCAUUCGACCAUCACUUGAGGAAUUAAUUCCCCUGGAAGUAAUGAUACCCCCCUAGCAACCGUCUUCAGUAGAAGGUUUCUAAGUAUAACAUCAGACAUAUGUAUAAUCAACAUUCUCAAGGUACUAUUCUAUUACGGACCGGUUGCCCUUAUCUCUAACACACUAAUUACUUUUAUUGUGCUGUAGUGACAGCUAUUCAACCUCUACCAAGAUUGUUUAUGUAAAUAGCUAACGUACUUAUAACUAGUUUAUUCAUCGAGCGUCAUUGUUUCGAAAGCUUAGCAGAUAACACCUAAAAGCUUACGUGCAAGUCGAAAGAGUUUUGUAGUACCUAGCACUUAAAUGAAACUCGUCAGCGUGAGUACCUAACCUAACUACCUAAUCUAAGUGGUCUAGGUAUAGGUAUAAGUUUGGUGCCGUCUUAGCCGCGGAUAUAUGGCACUUCUCAGGCGACCACUUGGCUUCAGCCCUGCAGGGUCCAGAGCUGUGGAGUUUGUACGUAAGACACAUGUAGCCAUAGUUGCGUAGUCCUAUGUACACAUAUCUCUAGUUACUUACCACUUUUUUAUUCGAUCAUAAUGAUGAUAAGC